UGUAUACUCCAAACGUGUUUGGCAUUAGAAGGUUGUAAUCUUCUGCAUGCGCGGGUAGAUCUCCAUGGACAUUGACAAACCCGAGGACGUGCCAAAGGCCAAUGGCGCAGCGGAGUCAGCUGCCCUGGCUCCAGCAACAAGUGUGGAAGACAAGUUGAAAUCUGUCGUGGCGCUUGUGGAAAAGUCCGUUAAAGCCAAGGACACCCGGCUAUUGAUCGGCAGGCUUCUUCGCCAAACAGCAAGUGUGCGGAAGCAGCUUACAGCAUCGAAUGUAAAAUGCUUCUUGCAGCAGAUGCUGCCGGCAGAGUUGGAGUCGCGCACUUUUCUGUGUUCGCACGUUGAGCAGGCGGCGGCAUCGGGCAUGGAUGCGGACGAGGCCACCACUUCGGCGCAAUGUGAGGUCUCGGCGGUGAUCCCCGAGGUGGAGUUCUACGCAUAUCUCAUUGUGUUAAUCUUCCUCUGUGACACCAAUCAGUAUCAACUGGCACGCAGCGUCGCGGACCACGCUGUAACGCGGCUCGCUCAGUUCAACCGCCGAACGCUUGAUGUGAUAGCGGCACGCAUAUACUUUUACUACGGGCUGAGCUACGAGCAAAGUGCGGACCUAUCGAGCAUCCGUAGUAAACUCCUGGCGCUGCACCGUACGGCAGUUUUGAGGCACGACGCGAUCGGGCAGGAGACGCUCAUGAACCUGCUCCUGCGCAACUACCUACACUAUAACCUCUAUGACCAGGCGGAGAAGUUUCGCAGCAAGGCCCAGAAAGCGGAUCAGUUUCGCAGCGGCCAGCAGUACUGCCGCUACCUUUACUACUUGGGUCGCAUCCGCACCAUCCAGCUGGAGUACACGGAGGCGAAGGACUGCCUACAGCAGGCCCUUCGCCGCGCGCCUAGCAUCGCGCACGGCUUUCGUAUCACCGUGUCUAAAUGGCUCAUCCUGGUUCGGCUGCUGCUGGGCGAGAUCCCGGACCGCCAGGAGUUCGCGCAGCCGGGCAUGUCGGCGGCGCUGCAGCCAUACUUUGAGCUGACUCAGAGCGUCAAGGCGGGCGACACGCUGGCGUUUAAGCAGGUGACGGAGCGCUUCAGCUCCGUAUUCCUGGCGGACCGCACGCACAACCUCAUCACACGGCUGCACCAGAACGUCAUCCGGAUCGGCCUCCGCCGCAUGAACCUGGCAUACAGCCGCAUCAGCCUGGCGGAGAUUGCCGCCAAGCUGCACCUGGUCAGCGCGGAGGACGCAGAGUACAUCGUGGCCAAGGCCAUCCGGGACGGGGGCAUCGAUGCGGUCAUCGACCACGAAGGGGGCUUCAUGGCGAGCCGCGAGCGGGUGGAUGUGUAUUCGACGGCCGAGCCGCAGGCCGCUUUCCACGCGCGCAUUGCCUUCUGCCUGGAUCUGCACAACGAGGCAAUCAAGGCUAUGCGUUUCGAGCCAGAUGCGCAUAGGCGCAAGGCGGAGAGCAGCGAGGCACGGCAGGAGCGGCUCGCGGCGGAGCAGGAGUUGGCGAAGGCCCUGGAAGAGGAUGACGGGGAGGACUUUUGAACGUGUCACGGGAAUGUCAACAUGGUGAUGCGGCCGGCUGAUGUGGACACGAGCGGGAAGCGGCGUGGCCAAAAAGGCUUGUGGUUUUUUCGCACGUUGAACAGUCACCGUGAGACGGUCUUGGCAGAUGCCUGGAAGUUUGCCAUGGAAUGAAUUGCGGUGCGGCACCGAGAGAUGCAUUAUGCGUCAUGCAGCGUGUACGGCGGUGUCAAGCCCCCAAUUAUGUAACGUCUAACGUGU